AUGUCGAGCUACAAGAAGGACGAGGAGAGCGGCGUCGGCUCGUUCUUCCAGGACAAGACGACCGUCAUCCAGGAGGCGCGCGUGUUCAACGAGACGCCGAUCAGCCCUCGCAAGUGUCGCAUCCUCCUCACCAAGAUCGUCUACCUCCUCUACGUCGGCGAGACGUUCGGCACGCAAGAGGCGACGACCCUCUUCUUUGGCGUCACCAAGCUCUUCCAGCACAAGGACAGCGCUCUCCGCCAGAUGGUCUACUUGGUCAUCAAGGAGUUGAGCAACAUCGCCGAGGACGUCAUCAUGGUCACGUCGUCUAUCAUGAAGGACAUGCAGCCCAACCUCGAGGUCAUCUACCGGCCGAACGCCAUCCGAGCCCUGUGCCGGGUCAUCGACGGCUCGAUGAUUGUCGGCGUCGAGCGCUUCUUCAAGGCGGCCAUCGUCGACCGCAACACGUCCAUCUCGUCGGCCGCGCUCGUCUCGUCGUACCACCUGCACCCGAUCGCGCGCGACGUCAUCAAGCGGUGGGCCAACGAGGCGGCCGAGGCCGUGCAGAACAAGGGCGGCGCCUACGGCACCGCGUACGGCCAGGGCUACCAGGCGGUCCAGAGCUCGAGCUCGAUCGUCCAGUACCACGCGCUCGGCCUCCUGUACCUCAUCCGCCAGGGCGACCGCAUGGCCGUCACCAAGAUGAUCCACCAGCUGAGCGGCGCAAAGGGUGCCGGCGGGACCCUGCGGAGCCCGUUCGCCAUCUGCAUGCUCAUCCGCUUCGCCGCCAAGGUCAUGGAGGAGGACCCCAACGUCCAGCGCGCCAUGUACGAGCUCAUCGAGGGCUACCUCAAGCACAAGAGCGACAUGGUCAACUACGAGGCCGCUCGCGCCAUCUGCGACAUGAAGAACGUCGGCGCCGCCGAGCUCAACCGCCCUAUCGCCGUCCUCCAGCUGUUCCUCUCGUCGCCCAAGUCGACCCUCAAGUUCGCCGCCAUCCGCACCCUCGCCAAGCUCGCCCAGACGCACCCGAACGCCGUCCAGGCCUGCAACCUCGACAUGGAGAAGCUCAUCAACGACGACAACCGCAGCAUCGCCACGUUCGCCAUCACGACGCUCCUCAAGACUGGCAACGAGGCGUCGGUCGACCGCCUGAUGAAGCAGAUCUCGGCCUUCAUGUCCGAGAUUUCCGACGAGUUCAAGGUCAUCGUCGUGCACGCGAUCCGCGCGCUGUGCCUCAAGUUCCCGGCCAAGCAGACCGUCAUGCUCAACUUCCUGUCGGGCGUGCUGCGCGACGAGGGCGGGUACGACUUCAAGCGGGCCGUCGUCGAGGCCAUCUUUGACAUGAUCAAGUUCAUCUCGGACUCGAAGGAGGCCGCCCUCGCCCAGCUGUGCGAGUUCAUCGAGGACUGCGAGUUCACCAAGCUCUCGGUCCGCAUCCUCCACCUCCUCGGCGUCGAGGGCCCCAAGGCGCCGCAGCCGAGCAAGUACAUCCGCUACAUCUACAACCGCGUCAUCCUCGAGAACGCCAUCGUGCGCGCUGCCGCCGUCUCGAGCCUCGCCAAGUUUGGCAUCAACGUCGCCGACGGCUCGGUCAAGCGCAGCAUCAAGGUCCUUCUCACUCGGUGCCUCGACGACGUUGACGACGAGGUCCGCGACCGCGCCGCGUUCAACCUCAAGCUCCUCCAGGACGAGCCGCUCGCCAAUGUCUUUGUUCGCGACGACUCGACCUUCUCGCUCGACGCCCUCGAGAGCCGGCUCGCCUCCUACAUCGCCGACACGACCGCAACCGACCAGCCGUUCGACUUAGCGGCCGUCCCCAAGGUCAGCAAGGAGCAGGCCCUCGAGGUGGCUCGUGGUUCGCGCAAGGACGACCUCGCCUCGGCCGCCAUGUCGUCGGGCGCAUCCGGCGCAGGAGCAGACGUCGCCGCACCGACAGCGAGCGAGACACAGUCGGCGUACGCCAAGCAGCUCGCCGAGGUGCCCGAGUUCGCCGACUACGGCGCCGUGCUCAAGAGCAGCGCAAAGCCGAUCGAGCUCACCGAGCGCGAGACCGAGUACGUCGUGUCGGCCGUCAAGCACGUCUUCUCGGAGCACGUCGUCUUCCAGUUCAACGUCCGCAACACGGUCGACGCAGUACACCUCGAGAACGUCGUCGUCGUCAUGCAGCCGUCCGAGGACGCAGAGCUCACCGAGGACUUUAUCAUCCCGGCAUCGUCCCUCGGUCCGAACUUGGACGGCGUCGUCUACGUCUCGUUCACGCGCAACUCGCCGUCCGAGUACGCGACGGGCUCCUUCGUCAACACGCUCAAGUUUGUCUCGAAGGAGGUCGACCCCGAGUCGGGCGAGCCCGAGGAGGACGGCUACGACGACGAGUACCAGGUCGAGGAGCUCGACCUCGGCGCCGGCGACUACAUCGUGCCGUCGUACGCCGCAAUAUAUAAGGCUUUUAAAGCUUUUAAGGUUUCAGGCCUCGUCUGCGGCGGCGGCGGCAAGGUGCUCGCCCGAGCGCGCAUGACGUACCAGUCGGGCAAGGGCGUCACGAUGGAGCUCACGGUGCGGGCAGAAAACGAGGGUGCGGCGCAGCUCGUCCUCAACGCCAUCGCAUGAUGAGGCUCUCGUCGACGCCUCGUGCGAGCGGUGUGCGUGCGUGUGCGGCAGGUGUUCGUAGAUGUGUCCCCUCCCCCUUCUCCUCUCUCGCAGUCCUUUCUCCCUUUGCCCUUCCCUCUGCUGUGUCAAUACCCUCAUCGGCAUCUCUCCUG